CAGCGGGGUCCUUCCCGACGCGGGCGCAGCGCCGUCGCGGCGUGGGGCGGAAGCGCGGUCUCUGGCGGCUGACUCCAGCGCUCCGCGGAGCAGGCGGGAGGUGAGAGCAUCAUGGAUACUGACUUGUAUGAUGAAUUCGGGAAUUAUAUUGGACCAGAGCUUGACUCUGAUGAUGAUGAUGAUGAAUUGGGCAGAGAGACUAAAGAUCUUGAUGAGAUGGACGAGGAUGAGGACGAGGACGACGUGGGCGAGCAUGACGAGGACCACCCCGGGAUGGAGGUGGUGCUGCACGAGGACAAGAAGUACUACCCGACAGCUGAGGAGGUGUACGGCCCCGAGGUGGAGACCAUCGUGCAGGAGGAGGACACGCAGCCCCUCACGGAGCCCAUUAUUAAGCCCGUGAAGACCAAGAAGUUCACACUGAUGGAGCAGACUCUGCCUGUGACGGUGUAUGAGAUGGAUUUCUUGGCUGACCUGAUGGACAACUCGGAGCUCAUCCGAAACGUGACCCUCUGCGGCCAUCUCCACCACGGCAAGACCUGCUUUGUGGACUGCCUCAUAGAGCAGACGCACCCAGAAAUCCGAAAGCGCUAUGACCAGGAUCUGUGCUACACCGACAUCCUCUUCACGGAGCAGGAGAGAGGCGUGGGCAUCAAGAGCACCCCUGUGACAGUGGUCUUGCCAGACACCAAGGGGAAGUCGUACCUCUUCAACAUCAUGGACACCCCAGGACACGUGAACUUCUCCGAUGAGGUCACGGCCGGCCUGCGCAUCUCCGACGGUGUGGUCCUGUUCAUCGACGCUGCAGAGGGGGUGAUGCUGAACACAGAGCGGCUGAUCAAGCAUGCGGUGCAGGAGAGGCUGGCAGUUACCGUGUGCAUUAACAAGAUCGACCGGCUCAUCCUAGAGCUGAAGCUCCCACCCACCGACGCCUACUACAAGCUGCGCCACAUCGUGGACGAGGUCAACGGGCUGAUCAGCAUGUACUCCACCGACGAGAACCUCAUCCUCUCCCCACUGCUGGGCAACGUCUGCUUCUCCAGCUCUCAGUACAGCAUCUGCUUCACACUGGGCUCCUUCGCCAAGAUCUACGCUGACACCUUUGGUGACAUUAAUUAUCAGGAGUUUGCUAAAAGACUCUGGGGUGAUAUCUACUUCAACCCUAAGACGCGGAAGUUCACAAAGAAGGCCCCAACCAGCAGCUCCCAGCGAAGCUUCGUGGAGUUCGUCCUGGAGCCCCUCUACAAGAUCCUGGCUCAGGUGGUGGGUGACGUGGACACCAGUCUCCCGAGGACCCUGGACGAGCUCGGUAUCCACCUGACCAAGGAGGAGCUGAAGCUGAACAUCCGGCCCCUACUGCGCCUGGUCUGCAAGAAGUUCUUCGGGGAGUUUACAGGCUUUGUGGACAUGUGUGUGCAGCACAUCCCGUCCCCCAAGGUGGGCGCCAAGCCCAAGAUCGAGCACACCUACACUGGGGGUGUGGACUCCGACCUCGGCGAGGCCAUGAGCGAUUGCGACCCUGAUGGCCCGCUGAUGUGCCACACCACCAAGAUGUACAGCACAGACGACGGAGUACAGUUCCACGCCUUCGGCCGGGUGCUGAGUGGCACCAUCCACGCUGGGCAGCCCGUAAAGGUGCUGGGGGAGAACUACACCCUGGAGGACGAGGAGGACUCUCAGAUCUGCACUGUGGGCCGCCUCUGGAUCUCGGUGGCCAGGUACCACAUCGAGGUGAACCGUGUUCCUGCUGGCAACUGGGUCCUGAUCGAAGGGGUCGACCAACCCAUCGUGAAGACAGCGACCAUCACUGAGCCUCGAGGAAAUGAGGAGGCUCAGAUAUUCCGGCCCCUGAAGUUCAACACCACAUCUGUGAUCAAGAUUGCAGUGGAGCCUGUCAACCCCUCAGAGCUGCCCAAGAUGCUGGACGGUCUGCGCAAGGUGAACAAGAGCUAUCCAUCCCUCACCACCAAGGUGGAGGAGUCAGGUGAGCACGUGAUCCUGGGCACGGGUGAGCUCUACCUGGACUGUGUGAUGCACGACCUGCGGAAGAUGUAUUCAGAGAUUGACAUCAAGGUGGCUGACCCAGUGGUCACAUUCUGUGAGACAGUGGUGGAAACGUCUUCCCUCAAGUGCUUUGCAGAGACGCCCAAUAAGAAGAACAAGAUCACCAUGAUCGCUGAGCCUCUGGAGAAGGGCCUGGCUGAGGACAUCGAGAACGAGGUGGUGCAGAUCACUUGGAACAGGAAGAAGCUGGGCGAGUUCUUCCAGACCAAGUACGACUGGGAUCUGCUGGCCGCCCGCUCCAUCUGGGCCUUUGGUCCUGACGCCACUGGCCCCAACAUCUUGGUGGACGACACCCUGCCCUCAGAGGUGGACAAGGCCCUCCUGGGCUCCGUGAAGGACAGCAUCGUGCAGGGCUUCCAGUGGGGGACCAGAGAGGGGCCCCUCUGUGACGAGCUGAUUCGCAACGUCAAGUUUAAGAUCCUGGAUGCGGUGGUGGCCCAGGAGCCCCUGCACCGGGGCGGGGGCCAGAUUAUCCCCACAGCCCGCAGGGUGGUCUACUCCGCCUUCCUCAUGGCCACGCCCCGCCUGAUGGAGCCCUACUACUUCGUGGAGGUCCAGGCGCCUGCGGACUGUGUGUCUGCUGUGUACACCGUCCUAGCCCGGCGCAGGGGGCACGUGACUCAGGACGCACCCAUUCCCGGCUCCCCUCUCUACACCAUCAAAGCCUUCAUCCCGGCCAUCGACUCCUUCGGCUUUGAGACUGACCUCCGUACUCACACGCAGGGCCAGGCCUUCUCCCUGUCUGUCUUCCACCACUGGCAGAUUGUACCUGGCGACCCCCUGGACAAGAGCAUCGUCAUCCGGCCCUUGGAGCCACAGCCGGCCCCACAUCUGGCCCGUGAAUUCAUGAUCAAAACCCGGCGCAGGAAGGGCCUGAGUGAGGACGUGAGUAUCAGCAAGUUCUUCGAUGACCCCAUGCUGCUGGAGCUGGCCAAGCAGGACGUGGUGCUCAACUAUCCGAUGUGAGCCUCAGAGCCAGCGAGGAGCAGGCGAAGGCCCCUGCGCCUCCCCCUGGACCCGAACUGGCUCCUCCCCAGGACUCGCUGACUUCUCACCCCUGCUUUACUGUAGCCCUGGUUUGGAAAUGAAGAGAACAU